CAAACAUACAGCGUUAUGAUGUAGCAACAGUUCUUCUACUGUACGGAUAUGACUUUCAUAUAAUCAAACCAAAAAUACAUCCGGUGAUAUCUAUUCUAAAGGGAUUUAGUACUGAUAAAUCAAGGUAUUUUACGACUUCUAAAUUCACGAGAAAAACUUUGUUAGGGCUUCUUUUGCAUGUUGUAUGUUUAAAUGCUGAAUUAGAGCAAGAGAUAUGUAGAUAUUUAGAACACUACAAGAACAUUGAACCACAUGACAAGUAUUAUUUCGAGCAAUUCCUUGUCAUGAAAACUCCAAGCCGUCUUCAGGAAAUAUGUAGGUUUGUUAUCAGAAGAGCAAUAUCCACAAAUAUUCUUCGAGGAAUAAAUCGCCUUCCAAUCGCCAAAGGUUUAAAGCAAUUUUUAGCUUUCAAUUUUGUUAUGGAUAGGAAUGAUCCAUUGAAAUGUUUUGAAUUAACUACUGCUAUAUUGGAAAAUGAUGAAGAGCAGGUAAAACAACUGAUUGCUGAUGGUAUAGAUUUAAACUUCUCACUGUCUCAUCAUACACCUCUCACAGAAGCAGCAUUAUUGGGGCAUUCUAUAUUCUGUACCUUGCUUCUAGAAAAUGGCGCGGAAGUAGAUUUGUAUGACAAUACUGGUAUGACAGCUUUACAUAUAGCAUCGUCCAAUGGACAUCAGUGUAUAGUAGAAAUCCUGCUUCAGCAUGGUGCUUGUAUCAACAAAACUUGCCAAUUUGAAGCAGAAAACUCUGUGACAAAGGCAGCAGCCAAUGGGCAUUUCAAAACAAUGAUUUAUCUGGUAGAACAUGGCGGGAAUCCUAAUGUACGAACAAGUGAUGGAAGGUAUGUAAUUCACUUAGCGGCAGCCACUGGAAGUGCUGAAGCAAUUAAGAUUUUAUUAGCACGUGGUAUAACAGCUGAAUCACGUGAUUGUGAUCUGAAUACGCCAUUGCAUAUAGCAGCGUCACGUGGUCUGCUGUAUAAAAAUGAUAAAAUUAACUUACAGGACAAUUCAAUUGAUGCCAAUUUUCAUGAAAGUAUCCGAUUACUGCUGAGUGCUGGAGCAAACAGAUUUGCUACAAAUCAUUCCAACAAAACUCCUGCUGAAGUCGCGGCCUUAUAUUCAGAUAAUAGCAUAGCUGUGUUAUUAAAAUAAAAAUAAGUGAUCCAUUAACAAUAGCAGUCGUUUCAGCAUGAAAUGUACUACAUUUUUAUUAUUAUCAUAUACUCAUGUUAUGUACUUCAUACCAUGAAAUACCAAUUAUUGGGCAAUCAUGCAUACAGGACAUUAUGCCCAAAAAUAGUCAAACUUGGAAACUUUAAAGUUCGCGCACAACAAGUCUCAGUUUUGGAAUAUGCUUUCUACAAACCAUAAAAUGUUUUUGUUUUCUUUAAUCCUUACAACCAGCAUAGAGAAACUAUGGAAUAAAAACAAAGAAUUGCUACUUUUUACCUGUUAAAACAGGAAACAUCAUAAUCAUAUGUAAACCGUCAAUGUGUUUCAAAGAUAACAAAGUUGAUUUGUUGUAAAUUUAACUAUAUAUUUUUAUUUAAACAAAACAAAGAAGGAUUCGAAUAAAAGUAAAUUUUCA